AUGUCGGCCAUACGGGUUGCUCCUACGAAAGCCGCUCGAGCUAUGAAUCUCCUCCGCACAAUUCAAUACACGCACCCGCCCUCCUGUCCCUGCCACAACAACCCCUCGCACCAUCACCACCACCCUAGCUCCUCUCUUCUCUCGCAAACCAAGCGGAAUCUCCAGCGUAACUAUGCUACGCCUAUGGAUCCUACUCGCGAAAAAGAAUAUGCGUUUGAGAUGGCGGCUUCGUCGAUACGAUUUGGACCGGGGGUGACGAGGGAGGUGGGUAUGGAUUUUAAGAAUUUGGGGAGUAAGAGGGUGCUUGUGGUGACGGAUAAGGUGGUGCAGGGGCUAGAGGCGAUGAAGCAGGUUAGGGAGGGUCUUGGGAGGGAGGGAGUGGAGUUUGAGGUUUAUGAGGGGACGAGAGUCGAGCCGAAGGAUACGAGUAUCAAAGAAGCAAUCCAGUUCUCCAAGAAUUAUCAACCAGAUGCUUUUCUAGCAGUUGGUGGUGGCUCAGUUAUCGACACCGCCAAACUCAUGAACCUAUAUACCUGUUAUCCAGAUGCCGAUUUUAUGGAUUUCGUAAACGCACCCCUUGGUAAAGGUAGACCUAUAGAUAAGACCCUCUUGCCUCUCAUAGCCGUUCCCACCACCGCCGGAACCGGCUCCGAAACAACCGGUACCGCCAUCUUCGAUCUCGUCUCUCACAAAGCCAAAACAGGUAUCGCGCACAGAAAUCUCAAACCCCUCCUCGGUAUAUGCGACCCUCUCAAUACACGCACCAUGCCGUCUGCAGUCCACGCUAGCUCAGGAUUAGACGUUCUCUGUCACAGUUUGGAAAGUUGGACGGCAAUCCCCUAUUAUGAGAGGACGCCCCGUCCUCAAAAUCCUAUCAUGAGACCGGCGUACCAGGGUGCCAAUCCGAUUAGUGAUAUAUUUUCUCUGCAGGCGUUGAAGAGUACGGCGAAGUAUUUGCCACGUGCGACGAAAGAUCCGGAGGAUUAUGAGGCGCAGAGUCAGAUGCUUUUGGCGGCUACUUUGGCGGGUGUGGGGUUUGGUAAUGCGGGGGUGCAUUUGUGUCAUGGAAUGUCCUACCCAAUAUCCGGACAAAAUCCCGGCUACACGCACCCAGGCUACGUAACCAAAACCCCCAUCAUUCCCCACGGCGUAUCCGUUGCCGUUUCCGCGCCCGCCGUCUUCCGCUUCACCGGAGCCUCGAACCCGGAACGCCAUCUCCAAGCCGCCGAAUGUUUCGGUGUCGAUAUCUCGAAUGUGAAGAAGGAAAGUGCGGGUGCGGUCUUGGCAGAAGCGUUGGAGAAGUUUCUCGAGGAGUUGGGUGAUCAGCCGAGGGGGUUGAAGGAUUUGGGCUUCAAGAGGGAACAUAUUGAUGGGUUGAUUGAGGGCACUUUGCCCCAGAAGAGAGUCCUGAUGUUGGCGCCGAAUUUGGCCGAGGAGGUGGGGGAGGAGAGGGAACAGUUGAGAGGACUUUUUGAGGAUGCUAUGGGGGAUUGA